AUGUCCGCCGAUGAACAGGUCCAACUGGACAACUUCCCCGGCAUCUUCUCCGUCGAGGGCAAGGUCGCCGUCGUAACAGGCGGUUCGCGAGGUCUGGGACUGCACGCAGCCUCCGGUCUUCUCCAAGCAGGCUGCUCCAAAGUGUAUAUCACUUCGCGCAAAAAGGCCGCCUGCGACGAAGCUGUGGCCGCCCUGAAUGCGCUCCCCAACAAGCGGACCGGCGCACAGGCUAUCUCUGUCCCCGCCGACAGCUCGCGCAUGGACGAGCUGGACCGCCUCGUCGCCGAGGUGCGCAAGACCACCGACCAUGUCGAUAUCCUGUUCGCCAAUGCCGGGGCGACGUGGGGCGAGAAGUUCGACACGCACCCGGAGAAGAUGUUUUCCAAGGUGAUGGAUCUGAAUGUGAAGAGCGUGUUCUACACGAUCCAGAAAUUCACCCCCCUCCUCACCACAAACGCAACCCGCGACGACCCGGCCCGGGUCAUCAUCACAGCCUCCGUCGCAGGCAUCGGCAUCGGAACCGUUGGCGAGAACGCCACACCCAGCUACUCAGCUUCCAAAGCAGCAGCAAUCCACCUGGCCAAGAAUCUCGCCGUGGAACUGGGACCUCGCCAUGUCCUGACCAACGCCAUCGCCCCUGGGUUUUUCCCGUCAAAGAUGGCGAGCGGCCUGAUAAAAAUGAAAGGCGGGUUAGAGAGCCUGGAGGAAUACUCACCGAAUGGGCGGCUGGGUCGGCCCGAGGAUAUUGCUGGGUUGGUGGUGUUUUUGGGGUCGCGGGCUUCGAGCCAUUUGAAUGGUGCGGUGAUUGCGACGGAUGGUGGAGCGGUGCUGAAGGGGAGGUUGUAG